AUGAAUAUUUUGUUUUUGUUUUUAUUUUUUAUUCCAAAUAUUUUAAAUUAUUUUGAGCAAUUAAAAAAUGGAAUUUCAAUUUAUUUAAAGGAUUUGUACACAUUUAUAUAUUUAAUUAUAUAUUUAUAUUUUUUUUUAGCUGAUAAGAAUAAAUAUGCGUAUGAAAAUAAUUUAGAUAACUUUUAUAAUUUUAAGGAGGAUAUUUCUGAAAGUAGUGAUUCUAUUUUUUCAAAUGUAUUAUUUGAAAAUUUUGUUAAAAAAAGAUAUGAUGAUUUUUUAAGAUUUCAUCAAGGUUUUAAUUUUUUUAAAAAUAAUAUCAAAAAUAAUGAAUUAUUCAAAACAAUAAAUAAUUCUACAGGAAUUGUUUCACCAAAAAGAAUAUCUAGGAAAUUAUAUGAAGAUGUAUUAGAAAAUCAUGACAAUUAUGACGAUGAAUAUUUCGAUGAAUAUUCUGAUGAAUUUAAUAAUAAUACUAAUAAUAAACAAAGUUUUUUAGAGACUGAUAAAGAAUAUUAUGAUGAAAAUGGUUACGAUGAUUAUGAAGACCAAGAAGAGAAUUAUAGUGAAGAAAGUUUUCUAGAAAAAAAUGAGAAUAUGAAUAAUGAUUAUGAUUAUGAUUAUGUUGAUGAAGAUUAUAGUAAAGAUAAUGAACAAAAUAAUAGUUACGAAGAGGAUGAAUAUGAUGGUUAUGACACUAAUAAUGAAAGUGAAGAAAACCUAUUAAAAGCAAAUGAUAAUUUUUCUAAUGAAGGAAAUAGUGCUUUUUCUUCUAAAUUUUUAGAAACAGAUAACAAUGAUCAUGGGAUCGUUGAUGGAGAAAGCUUUUUGGAAAAACAACCACAUGAUGAUUAUUAUGAUGAAUAUGAAAAUGAAUUUGAUGAAUAUGAUCCUGAAUAUAAUGAAGAUAGUUAUGAUCAAAGUUUUUUAGAAAAGGCAGGAGGUAGUGAUGAAUACGAAGAGUCCAGUGAUGAAUACAAUGGUGAGUUUAAUGAUGAAUAUAAUGAUGAUUCUAAUGGAGAUCAUUAUAAAGAUGAGGAUAAUGAAGGUUAUGAAGGGUUUGUAGAUUUUGAUGAGCAAAUGAAUGAAGGUGAAGAUUCAUUUGAUAAUCAUCAUUUAAAUCAAAUUAAUAAAGUUCGAGAUGUUCAUUCUUUUAUACAAACCGACGUCAAAUAUAUCAAUAAACUAAUUGAUGAACAUAGAGAUAUGAAUGAUAAUGUUAAAAAGGAAGGAAACGAAUUAAAGAAAAAAUCAGUGUUUAAAAAAAAUCAAAUUGAUGAUGAAAAAUUAAUAGAUGCAAUUGAAGAUAUUCCUAGCCAAGAAUUAGAAGAAUUAAUUAAAGAUGAUGCUAAAGAAUCAAAACUUAAUGAACAUAUGGAUCCCACUUUAAAGGAUGAAGAUAAUAUGAAAAGUAAUACAAAUAAUGAAAAUUUGGAAAAUGAAGAAACUAAUGAUAUGAGAGAAAAUAAUAACAUGGGUGAUGUAACAUUGAGUGAAGAUAUUACUGAAAAUUCCGUUGAAGAAUCGUUAGAAAAUCCAACUUCUGAAGAAGUUGUUGUUGGCAUGAGCGAGGAAAAAGACAACAUACUGAAAAAUGAGCUUGAAGAAAAUACAAAUCAAGAUGAGGAUAUAGAAGAUUUGGAUGAAAACUUAAUGGACCAAGGAGUUAAUGAAAAUACUUUAUUAAAGGAUAAUGAAGAUAUUAAUAGGCAUAAAUUGGUACAUCAUAUGAGAAGAGAAAAUAACAUUUAUCCUCAUAAUCAUCAUGCUGUUUCAAAUAAAAAAGAAAUAAAUAAAAAUACUACAAAUAAUGGAAGUAAUGGAAUAUUAGAUAAUAAUAAACAUGGACAAAAUGAGAUAAUUGCAAAUGAAUCCCAAGAAGAUUUUAAUCCUCCCGUUGUUGAAGCUAGGGAAAUUGAUACUGAUAAUGAGAAAGAUAUAAAUGAAAAAAAAUCAAGUGGUUCUAUAUCAAUCAUUAGUUCUUUAGUAAUUUUUUUUAUUACCUACUUAUAUUUAAUGAAUUAA